GCGGCCGCGACGUUGCGACAGAACCGUAAAGGCGCGCGGCAGUGGUGCAUGGCGCUGUACGCGGCGGCGGCGGCCGUGCUGGCUGGUGUGGAGAGCCGCCAGGGCUCCAUCAAAGGACUGGUGUACGCUAGGGAGUCCCUCCGAACCCGGUCCGAGCUCCCUCCGGGCCGCCGUGUGGCGGUAGCGCCUCUGAGAUCAGGACGCGCCUCUGAGUUGGGAAUUGAGGUGCUGGUGUAUGAGCUGUUGCUGGGAAGAGGCUUUAGAGGGGGCGGGGGCAGAUGGAAGCCUCUGCUGAACCGACACCAGGCCAGGCUGAAGGCCGAGUUGGCCCGGCUGAAGGUCCAUCGAGGUGUGAGCCGGAAUGAGGACUUGUUGGAAGUGGGAUGUGGGCCUGGCGCAGCCUCCCAGGUGCCUCGAUUUGUGCGGGUGAACACGCUCAAGACCUGCUCUGAUGAUGCAAUCGAUUAUUUCAAGAGACAAGGUUUCUCCUACCAGGGCCGGGCUUCCAGCCUUGAGGACCUAAGGGCCCUCAAAGGGAAGUGUUUUCUUCUGGAUCCCUUGUUGCCAGAGCUGCUUGUGUUUCCUGCCCAAACAGAUCUGCAUGAACAUCCACUGUACCAAGCAGGUCACCUCAUCUUACAAGACAAGGCUAGCUGUCUCCCAGCCAUGCUGCUGGCCCCGCCCCCAGGGUCCCAUGUCAUUGAUGCAUGUGCUGCCCCGGGCAAUAAGACCAGUCACUUGGCUGCUCUUCUGAAGAACCAAGGGAAGAUCUUUGCCUUUGACCUGGAUGCCAAGCGGCUGGCAUCUAUGGCUACUCUGCUGGCCCGGGCUGGAGUCUCGUGCUGCCAGCUAGCCGAAGAGGACUUCCUGGCAGUUUCACCCUCAGACCAGCGUUAUCGUCAGGUCCAGUACAUUUUGCUGGAUCCUUCCUGUAGUGGCUCUGGUAUGUUGACUAGACAGCUGGAGGAGCCUGGGACAGGUUUACCUAGCAAGGAACGUUUGCGUGCCCUGGCAGGGUUCCAGCAGCGAGCUCUGUGCCAUGCGCUCACUUUCCCCUCCCUGCAGCGCCUGGUCUACUCCACGUGUUCCCUUUGUCAAGAGGAGAAUGAAGAUGUGGUACAGGAGGCCCUACAGCAGAGCUCGGGAACCUUUAGGUUAGCUCCUGUCCUACCCUCCUGGCCCCACCGAGGCCUUAACACUUUUCCAGGGGCAGAACACUGUCUCCGGGCCUCCCCUGAGACCACACUCACUGGUGGCUUCUUCAUUGCUGUACUUGAACGGGUAGAGGUGCCAAGCUCAGUCUCACAGGCCGAAGUAUCAGCACCAGAACUUAGGUCCAGCCCUAGCCCAGCUCCGAAGAAAAAGAGGCGGCGGCGAAAUGCAGCAGCUGCUCCUAGCAUGCUACCUUGCACAAAGCAGGAAGGAAAUUGAUAGCCCUGUUUCUCCAGCUGGGAAGACAGAGCGGAUUGCCUCGUCCUUUUCGUACCUUCCCAGAGCCAUGUUCUUGCUGUUGCGAGAAGUGCUACCCACAAAAAUAAAAGGCAGGACAUGGUCUACGAUA